UGUAAAAGUCUAGUGUACAUACAAGUAGAUAUCAAUGGACUAGUAACAAUGGACUGUUCUUUGGGUUUGCUUUUUACCUUGGUGCUGUUAGGCUUCCAGCAAGGUUGGGCUAAGCCUGUAAUCAAGCCAGGUUUAUCCAGUUUAGUUGUAAUCAAAGGUGGCAAACUUGAACUUCAGUGUCAGGAUAACUCCAGUGUGCAGUGGUUUUUGGAAAGAUCUGGACGGACAAAGUUGAAAAGAAAUAUCAAGAUGGAGGGUGGUUCCAGUAAAGUUGUUAUUACUAAUGUAGAACCCAGAAGCAUGGGAAGAUACAUUUGCAUCAAUAAUAACUCUUCUCUUGAGAGCUCCAUCUACGUGUUUGUAAAAGAUCCUGAAAAUCUUUUUUAUCCUUCAAUUAUUACGGACCUUUCAGUAAAGGAAGGAGAGGAUCCAGUCAUUCGAUGUCUUGUGACGGACCCUGAAGUCACAGGCUUCAAACUGGAGAGGUGCGGGGAUGAUCCACUUCCCAAGGGUCUGAAAAGUAUUGUCAGUGUUGAGAAGGGCAUUACCAUAAAAAAUGUGCAGAAGAGUUUUGAGGGGUGCUAUGUUUGUUCUGCCAAAAGUAAUGGAGGGAAGAUAUGGAAGUCGAAAUCAUACAAAUUACAAGUUUAUCCAGCUCAAGUUCAGCCUCCAGAUGUUAGUCUUAAUGAAGUUAACGUUAUUCUAAAGGAAGGGGAGGUGUUUGAAGUUAAAUGCAAAGCCCAUAAUGUGGAUCACGAGAUGGAGAUGAAGUGGAAUUAUUCAAAACAUGCGGCUCCUACACAAAAUGAUAACUCUCAUUCCAAACUGAACUUCUUUGAAAUGGAAUCAACUCUGCAUAUUGACUCUGUAAAUACCACUGAUUCUGGGAAUUAUACUUGUGAAGCAAAAAAUCACUUGGGAUCUUCUUCAGCUACAAUGUUACUGACUGUUUUAGAGACAGGAUUCAUAAAUAUGUCCAUUCCUGGGGACAGAACUAUCAAAAUUAAAUCUGGAGAAAACCUUAUUCUGCCAGUAGAAUUUACAGCAUACCCACGGCCUGACAAACUGUACUGGAUGUACAUGAAUGUAACUUUACAGAACGACUCUGACCAUUUUAUCACUUCAGAAGAAAACGGCUACAGGUACAGCAGCAAACUGAACCUCGUGCGUUUGACAGGAACAGAAGGAGGGAAUUAUACUUUUCAUGUAUCUAAUUCAGAUACCUAUUCCAGUAAAACAUUUACAGUUCAUGUCAAAAGUAAGCCAGAGAUCAUUUCUCAAGACGGACCAAUUAAUGGCACAGUCCGGUGCAUCGCAGCUGGCUACCCAGUCCCUGAAGUGUCCUGGUACUAUUGUCUGGGGCCUCAUAAGCGCUGUUUUGGCCAACCCAAUGCUACUAAGGAGGAAGGCGUCAACAUCAACCUAUCAAGCCCAGCCUUCGGCAGAAGACAAAUUGAAAGCAGAAUGAAUGUUUCCAAGCUGCACACAAAUAUUACAUUGGAAUGCUUGGCUCAAAACGAUGCUGGCCAGGGUUAUUACAUAUUUAGAAUAGAAAUAGAAGAGAGGACAGUGGCCCAUGAACUCUUUACUCCUUUGCUAAUCGGGUUUGUAGCAACAGCAGCUGUGCUGUGUGGUGUUCUUGCAGUCCUCAUCUACAAGUAUAGUCAGAAACCAAAGUAUCAGAUUCAGUGGAAAGUCAUUGAAGGAAUGAAUGGAAAUAACUACGUUUAUAUUGAUCCAGCCCAACUGCCAUACAAUCAUAAAUGGGAAUUCCCCAGGGAUAAACUACGCUUUGGUAAAACACUUGGUUCUGGCGCUUUCGGAAAGGUUGUGGAGGCAACUGCUUAUGGGAUGUCAAACGCUGACAGUGUGAUGACCGUUGCUGUCAAAAUGCUGAAACCAAGUGCCCAUUCCACUGAGAGGGAGGCUCUGAUGUCAGAACUCAAGGUCCUGAGCUACCUUGGACAUCACAUGAACAUUGUCAACCUACUAGGAGCCUGCACUGUGGGAGGCCCAACACUGGUAAUCACUGAGUACUGUUGUUUUGGUGACCUUCUGAACUUCCUGAGGAAGAAGAGAGACUUGUUCUUUUGCUCCAGUUUUGUAGAAUCACAUUACAAGAACAUUUUAUCGGAAGCAAAAAGUGAUGACAGUAAAAGUGGCUACGUGACAAUGAGGCCUUCCAUACCAGGAGUCAGCCCAUUGAAGUCCACAUUAGAGAACAGGAGAUCAGUAAGGAAAGGCUCAUACAUUGAUAAAAACAAUGAAAUGUUACAAGAUGAUACAAUGGCCCUGGACACAGAAGAUCUUUUGAGUUUUUCUUAUCAAGUGGCUAAAGGGAUGAGCUUCCUUGCUUCCAAAAAUUGCAUUCACAGGGACCUGGCUGCAAGGAACAUUCUUAUUACACCAGGGCGAGUGGCUAAAAUUUGUGACUUUGGUCUGGCUAGAGAUAUUAGAAAUGAUUCCAACUACGUUGUCAAAGGCAAUGCACGGCUUCCUGUAAAGUGGAUGGCUCCAGAAAGCAUCUUUGAGUGUGUGUACACGUUUGAAAGUGAUGUCUGGUCUUAUGGCAUAUUACUGUGGGAAUUAUUCUCUUUAGGCAGCAGUCCGUAUCCUGGAAUACCAGUAGACUCCAAGUUCUACAAGAUGAUCAAGGAAGGCUACAGGAUGGUUGGACCUGAAUUUACACCCGACGAAAUGUGUGAUAUAAUGAAGACGUGCUGGAAUGCUAAUCCAUUGGAAAGACCCUCAUUUGGACAAAUCGUAGAGAAGAUUGAAUGGCAGCUAUCAGAAAGCACAAAGCAUAUCUAUUUAAACUUUUCGACCAAGUUUUCCAACAGAGAGGAACUGGGUGCCCACUCCUUGCGACUCAGUUCUGUUGGAAGCAGCACUGCGUCCACGCAGCCACUUAUCCUGGGUGAUGAUGUAUUUUCUGACGAAGAACAGAGACACGAGAGAGCUUGAUCAUACAAGCCCUUUUUGGUCAGUGCAUAAUAAACCUGCACAGAGAAACAAGUGCCUAAGAAAACUCUAAUUGGCAUGAACACCCCACCCCAUCCCCCUCCUUGAAACAUUGCAGAUCAAAAGGUGAACCGGUGGCAAUAUAGACAGAAAGUCGCAAUAAUGAGGAAACAUUUAUUAACAAAACAAUUGAGCUUUUUCAGUUCUGCAACAAAAACUUGGCAAAUGUGCAUAACUGGUAACAAAUUACAAACUACUUACUGUAUGUAAAGCAUUGUGGUCUUCAAAUGAAUUGAAUUUCAAGUGAAGUUAAGGUUAAAUUAAAAUAAAAUGAAAUGUUAUUGGGAUAAAUAUCACUAGAUAGAUAUUCAGUUUUUGUGCAUUUCAAUUUAAAAUGCAAAUAUGAAAUGUUUGUGAUUGUAUUUUAUUAUAUAUGACUUUAUUAUUUUGGUACAUUAUGUAAGUGCUGGAAGCAGGCAGUCCAGACCCAUUACUGUGGGGUUAGAGGUAAAAAAAAGAUACUUGCUUAAGUUAUGCACUGUGUUCUGUAUCAUGUUAAUGCAAAUUAAAAUGCAAACUGAAUUAUGGGAUAUACAUUUCAAUAUGUUUUGAUCUUUGCAAUUUCAAAGACUAAAACCAUUUUAACCAAAUGAUUCUAUUUCUUAAGCCUGAAGUCACGGUUUACUUUGUAUAGUACUGUAUGUAGCAGGCUUGAAAGAUUCCAUAUUGUAAUGCUCAAAAAAUGUAAGAUAAGAUGUCCAUGUAAAAAGAAACAUGUCAGUAUGUGGGAAUAAUGUUUUUGAUAUUCUGUAUUGUAUCUGAGGUUGGAAAAUACAAACUUUUUAUUGUUUGGUGGCAUCGGCAUGCGAAGUGGGGGAAAAAAAUGGAAGGGCAUUAUGUUUUGCGUUGUGUAUUUAUUCAUUUUAAUAUUAAUCUUGAUUGCGCUCAAAGAUGUAUUUUUUUAUGUUGCGAUUUUUUUAUAUAUUUUUUUGUGGAUGUGCAGUAAAUAGUAUUUAAUGAUUCAUAUGGUAUAUUUGUGUUGGAGACAUAUCAUUAAGUUAAACAUCAGCUAUAAGAUUAUGUGCACACAGCAGCAGUAAAUAAGGAUCAUAAUAUGGUGCAAAACUGGAUUUGCAUUAAAUUUCAAAGGUCCAGUUUGUCUUUGAGCAUCGUUGAUAGUGAUUGUGAUGUCAUCAACUGAUAUACUGUGGCCUGGUCAAGCUUGAAAUGAACGUUGGUCUGUUGUAACAAGGCCAAAUAUACUUUUUUCCAACUAUUUCCUCACAAGGUUUCACUUGGAUUGAGGAAGCUACGUUUUCAAUACAUGAUUCAUUACUGUACAAACAAAGGAACAGUUGUGUACGCUUCCCUUAUCUGAGUAAAUAAGGCAUUAUCUAGAUGAAUUUCACAAAACCAUUGAGUAGACUUUGGUAAAGCAGAUUUUAGAGUCAUAGAUAAACAAACAAAAAAUUGAAACUAACAAAAUAUUGAAAGCUUCACUUUAUUGCAAUUGAAAUGUACCUUUACACCGAGCCUACAUUAAUGACUGACAGAAAGAAAGCUGAUUCAGGUAAAUCUUGUAUGUGUAUCUUACCAUGUCAGCAAAGGACAACUUUUUAUACAUUCAAUAUUUGUGUUGUUUUAAAAAUGUGAAGUCUCCAGAAUGUUCUGUGGACCCUGUGCAUAACCGCAGAGACCUGUAAUCAAGUAUAGGUUAAACAAGGAAAAUCUUGUAGCAAUAAAACUGAAAUGAUAUGAGACAAAAAACACCCUGUGAAAGUUGGUAUGUGAUGGGUAAAACAAGCCACCAGUCAUUUAUUUUAUCUUCCCAUACCAAGAAUAUAAUUUACAAAUUAAAUAUAUAUGUAGUGUGUAGCUGAAAAAUGUAGUUUAGUUUUGUCUCAAGUAUUUCAUAACACUGGAGGGAAAAUGAAUUCACUGUGCACACAUACUGUACUUCACACUAUAACAGUGGAGUGUGUUUUUUUUAUGUAAAUAAAUGUUUUAAGCUUCUGGCAUUAACGCUUUUGACACUGUAAAUAUUCAAACAGUUAUUCUGCUGUCAUUCCUGUAUGUCUGGGUUAAUAUACCUUACUAUUUCACAAUGACCCAUUUAAUCAAGUAUGUUAAUUAUAAUGAUAUACUGUAUAUUGGAGUAAUGAUACAUUUGGCUCUUUCAGCUUUGAAGCUUUUGCAGCUAUUGACAUUAUAUUCUGCUAUCAAUGUGUGUACAUUGCAUUACUGAAAAUAAUGACUUGUUAAAUGGUCCUUUUUUGACUAUUUGCUGGCUGGCUUUUCAAGAUGUUAGACUCAAAGUCAUUUUUAUACAGUGAUGCAUGUGGACAGCUUUCAUUUGUUUCAAUGUAUUGGCUUUAGUUUAAGGAUUUAAAUAAACUAUUAAAGUUAA